CAGACGGCCAUUUGUGGCGGCGCUGGAGGCUGCGUUCGGCAGGAGCUGCGGAGACGUGUAGAAGAGUGCGACCCCCGGCUGUUGCCGCCCCUGGCCCCUGUGGACACCCAGCUUCUCCGCUUCUCCGCUGGGAUCUGGUCAGGCCCGGGCGCCACGCUGCAGCGUGGACAGACCUUCCUAGUAGCUCCUGGUGCCCGGGACCCCCGCCGGGCCGCUAGUACGCAGCCCGCCGGCCGCAGACGUCCCCGGAGCCGGGCCUAGGGCGGGCGGCGGCUCGGUACGGCCGGGCUGGGCUCGGCGGCGUCCCCAUGGCCGCGGCCGGCUGGCGGGACGGCUCUGGCCAGGAGAAGUACCGGCUUGUGGUGGUCGGUGGAGGCGGCGUGGGCAAGUCGGCGCUCACCAUCCAGUUCAUCCAGUCCUAUUUUGUAACGGAUUAUGAUCCAACCAUUGAAGAUUCCUAUACAAAGCAGUGUGUGAUAGAUGACAGAGCGGCCCGGCUGGAUAUUCUAGAUACAGCAGGACAAGAAGAGUUUGGGGCUAUGAGAGAACAGUACAUGAGAACUGGCGAGGGUUUCCUAUUGGUCUUUUCAGUCACAGAUAGAGGCAGUUUUGAAGAAAUCUAUAAGUUUCAAAGACAGAUUCUCAGAGUAAAAGAUCGUGAUGAGUUUCCAAUGAUUUUAAUUGGUAAUAAAGCAGACCUGGAUCAUCAAAGACAGGUGACACAGGAGGAAGGACAGCAGUUAGCGCGGCAGCUUAAAGUAACCUACAUGGAGGCUUCUGCAAAGGUUAGGAUGAACGUAGAUCAGGCUUUCCACGAACUCGUCCGGGUUAUAAGGAAAUUUCAAGAGCAGGAAUGUCCUCCUUCUCCAGAACCAACACGGAAAGAAAAAGACAAGAAAGGCUGCCAUUGUGUCAUUUUCUAAGAAUCCCAUGAAUUUUAGCUACCAACUGCCAGGAAAAGCCCUCAUCUUCUUCUCUCCUUACAGUUUACAUUAUGUUGGUACCUUUCUAGCCUUAGACAAGCAAGUCGUACAGAUGUUAGCCUUAGACCAAGAAAACCUGGCUAAUCCUUUCCAAGAAGCUAAUAGCAUGGUCAUUUCAAGACAAGAUGAAAAGAAACACUAAGGCUGCUUUUAAGAUGAUCUGAUUUCUUUAAAAUACAUAUCUAUAUACACAGACACAUUCUUUUUUUAAGGGCUUACAUUUUAAUCAGGAUGAAUCAGUUUUGGAACCUAAGCUGUUUGCCAAGCUGAAGUCAUAGAUUGUGAAAUAAUUUUUAACUUCUGGAAUCUUAUUGCUUACUGUUACUCUAAAUAGACACAUAGGGAAUUUUUUUUAAAUGUGAAUUUUUUGCCCACCUUAAAAGUUUUUGAUGUCAACUUUAACCUUAAAACACUGAAUUAACUCUACAAAAGUGAGACAUCUCAGAUCUUACUGAUGCUACAGCUUUUGUUUUCCAGUGGCCAAAAUCCACAAUGCCUAUUGUAUUUAUGGAUUAGAAACUGCUCAUAAAGCCUUUAUAUUACUCUUAUUCUUGAAGAUGAUGAUAUUCUAUGUGGCCAAAUACCUGGGCUCAUUCUGGACUUAGGCAUUUUCUUAUUCUCGUUUUUUAAUUUAGCUCUUUUCACGGCCAUGUUGAGGGUGAAAAUGAAUAAUUUCUGUCUGUCUUCCUUUAAGUAUUUCUGGAUAAGAGAUUCAAAAUAACUAAAACUGUUUUUCGUUUGAUGUAAUAUAAAAUAUGGAAUUGAUCUUUCCAGGGUCAGAGAUGAUUAAUGUUUUUGCUAUAUACUUUUAUACAUUAUUUUCUUAUCAAACUAGUUAACAAGUAUUUUUAUAUGUUUGUAAGCAAAUAUGCUUUCUCAGCAUACCUUGUGUAUAUGUAAAGAUAAGUAUUUAAUUCUCACUGUUCACUUUUAACUGACAGAAAAAAAUGUGGAAGCUACAGAAACUGUGGUAGAACUUUACUUGCUGUUCUGGUCCUGGUUGUACCCACCUUUGGCCAGUCUCAUACCUACUCAAGAAACCUUCCCAAUAGAGUACAACUUUCAGGAUGAGAAUCUGAAAUCACUUUAAGUAUCCCUUACUAGAUAGUGACUGUUAUAUCAAGUAUUAAAUAUAAAACUUUUAAUUGUCAAUUAGUAUAACUGUGGAUGGCUUCUGAUUUUGUUUUUGAUUCUGUGGAUUGUGUUUAAACAAUUCAAAAAGUAUGUUUCCUGAUUUUGAGAUACUAAGUGGUAUUGCACAGUUGUCACUUUAUUGAAUGUGUACAACAGUCCCAUGAGGUUUAUAAAGCGUACCCUUGUAUAGCUUCAGGUGCUAGAAUUAAAAUUGAUCUGUUAUCACAAGA